GUGGAGGAGGUGGGAAUAAAACUCAGCUGCUGCAGCUUCACAGACGCUCACAGGAAUAGACACACAGACAGUCAGGAUGGAGGUGAAGCUGCUGUUUCUGACUGUUGUUCUGCUCUCCUCACCGCUCCUCACACUAUGUGACCCGCUGUUUGUUCUGUCGGCUCCUAAUCUGCUGAGGGUGGGUUCCUCAGAGAACGUGUUUUUAGAGGCUCGGGAUUACUCUGGAGCAGCUCUCGAUGUGAAGAUCACAGUUAAGAACCACCCAAAAAAAGACAGGGAGAUACUGUCUCAAUCAGUGAGACUGACUGCAGACAAAAAUUUCCAAAUACUUAAAGACAUAAAGAUUCCUGAUGAUCAGAACUUCUUCUCUGACGAUCCUCUGGAGAAGCAGUAUGUGUAUCUACAAGCUCAGUUUCCAUCUGUCACUCUGGAGAAAGUGGUCCUGCUCUCAUUCCAGUCUGGAUAUAUAUUUAUCCAAACAGACAAACCCAUCUACACACCUGCUAGCACAGUUUAUUACAGGAUUUUAUCUCUGACGCCCAACAUGACACCACUCAGUGAGUCUGUAAUCACAGUGGAAAUAAUGAAUCCUCAAGGCAUCACAGUUUCAUCAGAAAAGAUAUUUCCAGUCAGAGGGAUGAAGUCUGGAAGAUACACCAUUCCUAAGAUUGCCAGUGCUGGGAUCUGGAAGGUGGUCACACUGUUCUCAAACACUCCUCAGAAGACAUUUACUGCUGACUUUGAGGUCAAAGAAUAUGUGCUUCCAGCAUUUCAAGUGAAAUUAAAGCUCAGGAAUAUAUUCUUCUAUGUGCGUGAUGAGAGUCUGACAGUCGACAUUGAAGCCAAGUACCUGUUUGGACAGAAGGUGGAUGGAAAUGCGUUUGUGGUGUUUGGUGUGAUGGAAGAUGGGAAGAAAAUAAGUAUUCCUGCAUCGCUGCAAAAAGUUCAGAUCAUAAAAGGAGAAGGCACAGCAGAACUGACCAAUCAGAUGAUCACUGAGACCUUUCCAAACAUUAACCAGCUGGUUGGACGAUCCAUCUAUGUUUCAGUCAGUCUAUUAACAGAAAGUGGCAGUGAAAUGGUGGAAGCAGAAAGGAGAGGCAUUCAGAUUGUGACGUCACCGUACACCAUCCACUUCAGAAAAACACCACACUUCUUCAAACCUGGGAUGCCCUUCGAUGUUUCGGUAUAUGUAACAAAUCCUGACCAGACGCCUGCUGAAAAUGUAGAAUUGGAGGUCCAUCCUGGAGGGGUCAGAGGUCAAACAAGAUCCAAUGGCAUUGCAAAGGUUACGGUCAACACUCCUGGAGGAUCUUCAAGACUGGAGAUCACUGCAAAGACCAAAGAUCCAGAAAUAAUAGAUGAAAAGCAGCAGGCAGAGAAGAAGAUGACAGCUCAGGCCUACGAGACCAAAGGCGGCUCCAAAAACUACCUGCACAUUGGCAUUGAUGCUGCAGAGCUGCAGAUCGGUGAUCCAAUAAAAGUAAAUCUGAACACUGGACAAAGUCCUGGAGUCAAAGAUCAAGACUUAACAUACAUGAUCUUGAGUAAAGGUCAGAUUGUAAAAGUAGACAGGUUCAAGAGGCAAGGACAAUCUCUAGUGACUCUGCCUGUGACUGUAACCAAAGACAUGGUGCCGUCCUUCCGCUUUGUGGCUUAUUACCAUGUGGGCUCGUCUGAGGUGGUGUCUGAUUCAGUCUGGGUCGAUGUGAAGGACACGUGCAUGGGAAAGCUCCAGAUUAAGGUGAAGGACAAGAUGAAUACCUAUGGCACAGGAGAUGAGGUCAAGCUGCAGAUAACUGGAGAUCCUGGAGCUAAAGUUGGUCUGGUGGUGGUUGACAAGGCUGUGAACAAGAAGAGACUCACUCAGACUCAGAUCUGGGACGUCAUAGAGAAGCAUGACACCGGCUGUACAGCAGGAGGUGGGAGGGACAGUAUGGGGGUUUUCACUGAUGCAGGUCUGAUGUUUGAGUCCAGCACUGCAGGAGGAACCAACACCAGAACAACUCCUUAUUGUCCUGUCUUUUCAAAGAGAAGACGGCGAUCAGAUGAUGAUGAUGACUAUUACACAGACUCUGAAGAGAUUGAGUCACGUACGCGGUUCCCUGAGAGUUGGCUUUGGGAAGAGAUUGAUCUAUGUGACAAAUGUCCAACACCAGCCAAAGAAAAUGUGAUCUACCUGAAAGACUCUAUCACUACCUGGCAGAUCUUGGCUGUCAGUCUGUCACCAACACUUGGCAUCUGUGUGGCAGAACCUGAGGAUAUGGUCGUUUUUAAGCAUCUUUUCAUUGACCUAAAGAUGCCUUACUCAGCUGUGCGCGGCGAACAACUGGAAAUCAGGGCCAUUAUUCACAACUACACCCCAAAGAAGCAGAAGGUGCGUGUGGAGUUCAUGGAGACAGAAGAUGUUUGCAGCUUUGCCAGUAAGAAAGGCAAAUACAGAACAACAAUAUCUGUUGAGAAAGACUCCAGUAUAUCAGUUUCAUAUGUUAUUAUUCCCAUGACGCUGGGAAAUCACAUGAUUGAGGUGAAAGCUUCAGCAUAUGAUGUCAUCUACACUUAUGGAGUGAGAAAGCCGCUGAAGGUGGUGUCUGAGGGUGUGCUGAUUCCAGUACACAGACAAAAUCUGGAGCUCAAUCCUGUUAAGAACGGAGAAAAACCUAUAGUUGUAAAAUCUGACAUACCAGUUGAUCGAGUUCCAGACACUCCUGCUAACACCUACAUCUCAAUUACUGGUGAAGAGAUCGCUCAGACAGUUGAGCAAGCCAUCAGUGGAGACUUCAUGGGUCGCCUUAUUGUCCAGCCCAGUGGUAAUGGAGAGGAGAACAUGAUCAGAAUGACUCUUCCUGUCAUUGCCACUCAUUAUCUGGACAGCACCAGUCAGUGGGAGACUGUUGGCAUGGACCGCCGUAAUGAAGCUGUUAACUAUAUCAACAUAGGUUAUCAGCAGCAGCUGAGUUACAGCAAACCAGAUGGAUCAUAUGCUGCAUGGACAGACAGGCCGAGCAGCACAUGGUUGGCAGCAUAUGUGGCUAAAGUCUUCGCUAUGGCCAGUAACCUUGUUAAUAUAGAGAAAGAUGUGCUCUGCAGCGCCCUCAAGUGGCUGAUUCUCAACAAACAAACACAAGACGGCCCCUUUAAAGAGGAUUCAGCUGUAAUUCAGAAAGAGAUGGUGGGUGACGUCGGUGGCAAAGAUGCCGAUGCCUCUCUGACAGCCUUUGUUGUGAUUGCUAUGCAAGAGACCAUAGAGAUCUGUGCUGGAUCAGUUGCUAGUCUGCAUGAAAGCAUCAAGAAGGCUGUUGCCUACUUAGAAGGUCGACUUCCACAACUGACCAAUCCUUACGCUGUUGCGAUGACGUCGUAUGCCAUGGCCAAUGAGAACAAACUCAAUAAAGACAUUUUGAUGAAACACUCCUCACAAAAAGAAGCCGGUCGGUCCUGGACUGUCCCUGGACAGCAUCAUCACUCACUAGAGGCGACGGCUUAUGCUGUGCUGGCGCUUGUGAGGGCAAAAGACUUUGAUAAAGCAGGAGAAGCAGUGCACUGGCUGAACAGACAACAGUCUCACUAUGGAGGAUCUGGCACCACACAGGCGACCAUCAUGGUGUUCCAGGCCGUGGCAGAGUAUCGCAAGCAGGUGAAGGACCGACACAACUUCAAUCUGGAAGUGGAGCUGUCUGUGGAAGGAAGAAGCAAACCUGUCAGAUAUACGAUCAAAAGAGAGAAUGCACAUCUUACAUGGUCACACAAGGUGGACAUAAAACAGGAGGUCAAUGUAACUGCUAAAGGAACUGGAACAGCCACUCUCUCAGUUCUGACGAUGUACUACGCCAGACCUGUUGAGAAGAAAUCUGACUGUACUUUCUUUGAUCUGACUGUUAAAAUGGAGAAAGACAUUGAAACAAAACAAGGAGCCAUUGCAAGUUACAAGCUCACUAUGGAUUUCAUCUACAAAAGUGAUAAAACUGAUGCCACCAUGACUAUUCUGGACAUUGGCAUACCGACUGGAUUUACUGUGGAGAACCGAGAUCUGGAAGAGUUGUCCAGAGGAAAGGAGAGAUACAUUCAGAAAUUUGAGUUGGACAAAGUGCUCUCAGAGCGAGGAUCCCUCAUCCUCUACUUAGAUAAGGUUUCUCAUAAAGAGUUGAAAAGAAUUUCCUUCAGAAUUCACCAGCUGUAUAAUGUGGGUCUGCUACAGCCUGCUGCAGUCACAAUAUAUGAAUAUUACUCACCAGAUGCACGCUGUACAAAGUUCUACCACCCUGAAAGAACAGAUGCUGUGAUAUACAGACUGUGUAAAGGAGACCUGUGCUACUGUGCAGAAGAGAACUGCAGUUACCAGAAGAAGAAUCAUGUCAGAGAUGAGGAGCGUUUGAAUAGAGCCUGUGAAGCUGGCAUGGAUUAUGUUUAUAAAGUCUCAGUGGUGGGGAUGGAUCUGAAACUGCACUCUGACAUCUAUGACAUGAAAGUGGAGCUGGUGCUGAAAGAAGGCUCUGAUGAGGAUGCUGAGGGGAAAGUGAGACCAUUCCUGGCUCGUCCCGGUUGCAGAGAAUCUUUAGGAUUGGUGAAAGGCAAGUCGUACCUCAUCAUGGGGAGAUCCGUUGACCUGCUAGAGCUGGGAGGAAGUCUGCAGUAUGUUUUUGGAGAGCAGACCUGGGUUGAAUACUGGCCUACAAGAGAAGAAAGCCAAACUCCAGAACACCGGAACCGAUUCAUCGGCAUCUCUGACCUCCAGGACAGCCUUCUCAGUCACGGAUGUGCUACCUAAAUAUACAGUGGCGUAACGAGAAUUUCUUAACUAAAAGAAAUGUAACAUUAUCUUUUGCAUACUCUAAAUAAAUUGUUCUUGAUAAUAAUGGUUUUCACCAAAAUAUGCUGGUGUGAUUCCAUAAUAAAACUUGAACAUCUUCAUGCACGAUUAAUUAUGAUGUGUUUAAUCAUGCAGUUCCUGAAUUCAUAUUUUAAAAUCUUGUUUUCUGUAUUUAGCCUCCUCUGGGUGUUUGAUUGACAGGCAAUCUGACCAAUCAUAAUUCAGAAUCUGCCAUUUUGUCUGACAAACAAAGCACUCAGGAGAGUUAGUCAAUUAAAGUCAACAGAGUUGAACUUGAAAAUGGGGUAGUGAUGUGUUUGCACAGUUGGGACGACAUACUUUCUGAUGUUCAUCCACGCUUGAACUAAGGCGCUACAGCAAUCUGUCACAACACAAUACGGUUUUAAUUUCUUAAAAAAUGUUUUUGUUUCAUACCUGCUUUG